AAAUCCAUCUCAGCCAUGAAUAUUAGUUCUUCACAUCGAUAUUUCCGACAGCACCAGAAGACGGCACGCUGCUGGGGAGAAGGAACGUGCUGCGUCAUCAUUGUGCGACACGUCAACACGCAGACGGAGGCUGCUUUCAGAAUGAAUGAAGAAGAGCUGGUGGAGUAUUUCAGGGAUCAGAUGAGGAAAGACCCGGACAUGGCCUCUGCUGUGGCUGCUAUCCGCACUCUGCUGGAGUUCCUCAAGAGAGACAAAGGAGAGACCAUCCUGGGCCUGAGAGAGAGUCUGACAUCUGCCACUACCUGCCUGACAGGAGUGGACUCCUCUGUGGCCGUCUCCUCAGGAGGGGAGCUCUUUUUGCGCUUCAUCAGCCUCACAUCACUGGAGCACCAGGAUCUGUCUCGCUGUAAGAAGGUGAUGGAGGAGAGAGGAGAACUGUUUCUAGAGAAGAUUUCCAUGUCCAGAGCAAAGGUUGCGAAGCUCUGUCACACGUUCAUCAAAGAUGGCGCUAAAAUCCUGACGCACUCGUAUUCCAGAGUCGUCCUCAGAGUUCUGGAAAAAGCUGCCGGCGAGAAGAAGCGGUUCUCUGUGUAUGUGACUGAAUCGCAGCCUGAUGCAGCUGGGCGGCAGAUGGCAGAAGCUCUGAGGAAACUCAAUGUUCCAGUCACAGUCGUCCUGGAUGCAGCUGUGGGGUAUGUCCUGGAGAAAGUGGAUCUAGUUAUUGUUGGUGCGGAGGGAGUUGUGGAGAGUGGAGGGAUCAUCAACAAGAUCGGCACUUAUCAGCUGGCGUUGUGUUCCAAAGCUCACAACAAGCCCUUCUACGUUGUGGCGGAGAGCUUCAAAUUCGUACGUCUGUAUCCACUCAACCAACAGGACGUGCCAGAUAAAUUUAAGUACAAAGCAGACACCCUGAAGACUGUAGAGAACUUUUCAGAGGAGCAUCCAGUGAUCGAUUACACCCCUCCCUCCCUCAUCACCCUCCUCUUCACCGACCUGGGAGUCCUCACUCCGUCUGCCGUCAGCGAUGAACUCAUCAAACUUUAUUUAUAACCAUCCUCCAAUAAAAGCCCUUUUCAAAAGGUAAUCAAAUGCCAAGUGAUUUAAUUGGUUUCCACUUGAAUACAGCUGCUUUGUUAUUGUUCA